GUGCCUAUGAUUUCUGUUUCAGUUUUGCAACGUAUUUGCGUGACGCAACACCGCAACACCUGUCGAUACCAUGAGGAGCACUUCGCUGGAGUCGUUUCUGCUUCUUUUUACCUUAAAGUUGUUCGUCGCCGUGGGGAACGCGUACCCCAUCACCGACCUGGAGCUGGAGGAUCUUUCAGAGGAGAACAACAUGUCAAAAUCCGCGAGCAUCUCCGUGAACGACGCGUCGAUCGAGUCGCACACGUGCGUUUACGUACCACCAGAUUUGGAUUUGUGUAACUUCAUCAAUUAUCCAAAGUCCAGCGAAAAUCUUUGGGAGGUGGAACGCAAGCUGUCGGGGAAGAGGGUGCGCAAGCUACUGAAGAGCAACAAGAUGUACUUGCCACAUUCAUCGAUGAACGUCCCGGGGACAGAGAAAUUCCUGAAGCAGAAGCCCGAGAAGACUAUAAUAUAUAAGAUACAAAGAUGCAUGCCCCCGAGGUUGCCGUUCGUACUACCUUGGUGCACGGAUGAAGACCUCUCCGAUAAGCAGAACGAGAUUCGACGGCUCUAUCCAUUCGUCAUAAAUGGUUCCUCCGAGGCGACAUACGAGUUUCCCUUCUACGAUCUUCCGAGACAAAUCCUAACAGUAUCGAAAUCUGCAUGAUUUCCGACUGUCGCGUGUGUCACUGAAUAUUAAAAUAGCGAUUAGCAUUUUGAAUCCUUACGAUAUUUAGGCGGAGAGAGAGGGAGAGAGAGUUACUUGUUAUGACGCAAGCUUCCCUUUUUUAUUGGCAAGUAAUAUGGCGUGAAUGAGUUGGAGAGAGUAUAACGCAGCAGAUUUAAAUUCACACUUUAGCAUAAGUAUUAGAUAGUGCAGGCGUUUCGCGAAGGAAUUAACAUUUUCUCGUUAUAAAAAUUUAUAGAGCGGUCAGAUAUGUAGCUGGACGGAAGAUUACUAAGCAGGACGUAGGUAAUGAUUGAUUAGCUUUAAGGAAACCAUAACACAUCGUGAGAGUGAUGUCAACACGAAUGAUGCGAUUGUCAGUAUGCGUGUCUUGCCUUUCAACGUAAUUUUAAUAAUGAUAUUAAUAAAGAAAUAAAGACAGACAAAUCAGUAUAUCAUAUCGAACUUUGUAGCAGCAAUAAAGUUAUCCUGCAUGGCUCCAAC